ACUCCCAUUCUUAUCUCAACUAUUCAAACCUUCAAAUCAACCCUUCUUAACUUUUCAAGGAUGUUUGGUUUUCUGCUUCCAUUGUCGCGGAUCAACAACCUGAUUCAGCGUAAACAGUAAGCUACCGGCAAAAAAACAACACUCACCACAUCAAGUUUAGUUUGCAGUGGCAGAGAGAGAGAGAAGAGAGAAGAAGAUGGGUGGAAGAAUGCACACGAAAUCGGACUCGGAGGUAACCAGCAACAGCAUGGAGCAAUCGUCGCCGGCGCGUUCCCCUCCGCGGCGGCCACUGUACUACGUUCAGAGCCCUUCCAACCACGACGUUGAGAAAAUGUCCUACGGUUCAAGCCCCAUGGGUUCACCGCACCACCAUUUCCACUACCUCUCUUCCCCCAUUCACCACUCUCGAGAAUCCUCCACUUCCCGCUUCUCCGCCUCCCUCAAAAACCCUCGCAACUUUUCUUCCAACUGGAAGAAGCUCCACCCCCACCCCCAGCACGACGCCGAUCACGACGACGACGCCGAUGACGGCGACGACCUCGACCGCUCCUCCCGCAACCUCCGCUUGUACUUCUGCUUCUUCCUCCUCUUUCUCAUGCUUUUCACACUCUUCUCCGUCAUCCUCUGGGGCGCCAGCAAGAGCUACAAGCCCAGACUCAUCGUCAAGAGUAUGGUGUUCGAGAACUUGAAUGUUCAGUCGGGGAACGAUGGAAGUGGCGUACCAACUGAUAUGUUGUCGCUGAACUCAACGGUCAGAAUUGUGUACAGAAACCCUGCGACUUUCUUCGGCGUUCACGUCACUUCCACGCCUCUUCAGCUUAGCUAUUACCAGCUUGCAAUAGCCUCUGGCCAGAUGCGUAAGUUCUACCAGUCCAGAAAGAGUGAGCGAAAGCUGAGAGUGGUGGUGUUGGGACACCAGAUUCCUCUGUAUGGCGGCGUGUCGGUUCUCGGAAACACUAAGGAGCAUUUGGAGAGUGUUGCGUUGCCGCUGAAUCUGACGUUCACGGUGAGAUCGAGGGCUUUCAUCUUGGGGAGGUUAGUGAAGUCUAAAUUCUAUCGAAGAGUGAGAUGUUCUGUGACAUUGCAUGGCAACAAACUCGGAAAACCUCUGAAUUUAACCGAUUCAUGUGUCUACAAGUGAUGUGUUGUGUUACUAUGUCCCCCCUUAUCGCGGAUUCUUGCUCUCUCCAUUUAUCAUCACUUGUAAAGGUUGCUGCUCGUACAUUUUUGGCUCCUUGUUUUUAGCUUUUUGUUACCCAUGUUGUAGAAGAACGAACCCCUCCAUUUCUCUCCGUAAAUAUCUGAACGCCAAUAUUAAUAUUGAUGUAAUAUGUGUUCCUUUUCGUGUC